AAAAUAAUCCACCUCAAUAGCGAUAAGUAUGUCCACAGAGUCGUACUGCACGCUGCUGCCCGUAUUUUGGCGGUGUUGGUGAGGAGGGGGGCGAGAAUAAAAAGUUGUGCCGUGCUCCGCGCAGUUGUGCGGAAGUGCAGCAGGAAAAAGAACGUGAUUUUCAAAAUGGCGGCGGGCAGGUAGGCGGGCCGGCUGUGUCAUCCCUUUGUACGGUACAGACGGCGUUUUCCCGCGGGUAUUUCUGCACGGCUGUGUCCAGAUUUCCUCAGUACGACCCCUGACCUGCUGUUGCCAUGGCAGCGAAGCGCACGGCGACCACGGAACUCACGGACAGGAACUGGGACCAGGAGGACGAACCCGAGGAGGCAGGCACCUGGAACCCGGCCAGCCGUGACCAGAUGGCCAAGAGAAGAGUCAGGAAGGCCAUAAGAAGAGGCAAUGCAGGCUCCUCAGAGGGUGGCACCGGAGCCUUCUCCACAUUCAGCGGCCUGACCAGCAAACCUGCAUCUGCCGUCUUCAGUCUGACCUCAGGCGCCCCCAAACCUCUCACCGUAUCCAACGGCAACAAGACCACGCCCUCCGUCCCCUUCAGCGGCUUCGGCACGGCCACCCCCACCCCUGGCGUUAGUGAUCCCUCCCCUGCCGGCGGCCCCACCUCCCCCAAGUACAGUCCCCAGUACUGCUCCCAGCUGCAGAAUCUGAACCGCAGCCUGCUGCAGUGGCUGCAGAAACACGUCGACAGUAACCCGAUCUGCGACCUCACCCCAUCCUUCAGGGACUACGAGAAACACCUGCGCGACAUCGAGGCCAGGUUUCCCCCGGCGACGCCCACAGAUACGGUUACCCCGGCAACAGACAAGACGUCGUCACAGAGUGGGAACGGACAGCUGUCAUUCAAAUUCUCCUCCUCACCUCAAAACAAAACAGACACUUCUACAGUCACCACCACAGAUUCAUCAGCUCCUGGUGGGGUCACGAUAGGUCAGAGUUCAACCCCAGCCGGGGUCACGAUAGGUCAGAGUUCGUCGCCAGCGGGGAUUACGAUAGGUCAGAGUUCGUCGUUCCUGACGGGCACGAGCACAGCGCCCUCGCCGUUCUCCUUCAGUGCGAGCAGUGGCGGGGCGAAGUUCGGCGGCUCCGGCGCGACGCUCGACUCCGGGUUCAAGUUCAACACCACAACCAGCAGCAGCAGCUCGGGUACGGCAGGGUCAGGGUUCAAGUUCAGCUUCGCCUCCAAACCUUCUGCCCCAACUACAGAGUCGUCAGACACGAAAGAGGAGGAGGAAUACGAACCGCCCAAACCGGAGGUCAAAGAGGUGAAGGAGGACGGAGCUUUUUAUACCGUCAGGUGUAAGCUGUUUUACCAGAAGGACGGGGCGUACAAGGACAAGGGGGUGGGCAACCUGCACCUGAAGAAAACCGGAGAGGACAAGACACAGCUGGUGGUCAGGGCAGACACUAGUCUAGGAAACAUCCUGUUGAACAUCCUGCUGUUUCCCAGCAUGCCCGUGAGUCGGCAGGGGAAGAACAACGUGGCGCUGGUUUGCGUGCCGAACCCGCCGCUCGACGAGAAGGCCGAGCCCAAACCCACCCCCAUGCUCAUCAGGGUCAAGACGGGAGACGCAGCAGACGAACUGUGUAAACAGCUGGACGAUAACAAGGGCACUGCGUAACACACAUACACACACACACACACACUAACACACAUACACUAACCAUCCAUCUACACACACAGUCACAUACGACAAGGCUGAGCCCAAACCCACCCCCAUGCUCAUCCAUGUCAAGACUGGAGAUGCCGCGGACCAACUGUGUAAACAGCUGACGGAUAACAUGGGCACUGCGUAACACACAGACACACACCUAACCACACAUCUAACCACACACACACACAUACGUCUUACCAUCCAUCCACACGCACAUAUUAGCUUUGCAAAGAGCUGUCUGAUAAUAAGUGCAGCACAUACGUUUGUUGUAACACACACACUGCACACACACUCACAUCUAACCAUCCAUCCACACACAUGUACACACACACACAUGUACACACAAACUCACACAGACACACACACAUGUGCACUGAACACUGCAUGAUCAUUAGAUCAGACCUGUUCUUA